AUGGCAAUGGAAAACAUAUUUCCUCCUAUGGUUUUAUUAAAUCCAAAACAAAAACACUGCAAUCCGGUUCGGGUUGCUUCAAGAAAUACAAAAUCAGUUAUAAAUAAUUGCUUCAAGAAAAAAUAUUUUGUUCAAGAGAAAUUGGAGCCUAUGUGGGACGAUGGAUAUGGGACUCAAACGGCUAAGGAUUACUUGGAGGCAGCAAAGGAUAUGAUUAUGCCAGAUAAUGGACCGCCCCGGUGGUUUUGCCCAAUUGAAUCUGGGCCACCGAUUGAAAAUUCACCGGUUCUUCUGUUCUUACCAGGGAUUGAUGGACUUGGCAUGGGGCUCAUAGUGCACCACAAGGCCAUUGGCAAAGUUUUCGAAGUUCAAUGUAUGCAUAUUCCUGUAUAUGAUCGAACACCAUUUGAAGGGCUUGUGAAAUUUGCUUCAGACAAAGUGAGAAGUGAACAUACCUUGUUUCCAAAUAGGCCGAUCUAUUUGGUGGGAGAAUCUUUUGGAGGAUGCCUAGCACUGUCUGUUGCUGCUUUUAAUCCCAAUAUCGAUUUAGUAGUAAUAUUGGUGAAUCCAGCAACAUCAUUCAGCAGGUCACAACUUCAGCCUAUGUUCCCUUUCAUGGAGGCUUGUCCUAAAGAACUUCAUAAAUUUCUUCCUUACAUUUUUGGCCUCGGAUUAGGGAACCCAAUCAAGAUGGCAAAUGUUAAUGUCCAUAGUCCAUUUUCCCCUGCCAAAAAAAUGGAAAACUUGUUUCGUGAUGUGAAGGCUCUGGUGGAAGGUGCCACUCUCUUCGCUGAUCUUUUACCAAAGGAAACUUUGUCCUGGAAAUUUAAGUUGCUUAAAUCUGGAGCUGCACAUGCCAAUUCACAUCUACAUGCUGUGAAAAGUGAAGUACUUGUGCUCGCAAGUUGCAAGGAUAACAUGCUUCCUAGUGCCGCAGAAGCAGGGAGACUCUUGGACUCACUCGAGAAUUGCAAAGUCAGAUACUUCCCCGACAAUGGCCACACCCUUUUGGUAGAAGAUGGGAUCAAUCUCUUGUCAAUCAUCAAAGGUACUAGCACAUACCGGCGUUCUAAAACACACGAUUUCGUCUCAGAUUUCAUCCCUCCCAGUAAGUCAGAAUUCAGGGGCACAUUCAAUGAACUACUGGGAUUAUUCCGCCUUGCUACAAGCCCUGUAAUGUUUUCAACUCUGGAAAAUGGAAAAAUAGUGAGGGGCCUGUCGGGGAUUCCAGAUCGAGGCCCGGUUUUGCUUGUCGGUAAUCACAUGUUUUACGGGGCAGAAAUUGGAGGCAUUGUUGAAGAAUACUUGAGAGAGAAGAAAAUCGUGCUUCAUGGAGUUGCACAUCCUGAAAUCUUCUCAGAAAAUAUUGAAGCUCCUUUACAGGUUAUUUCUGGGUUCGAUAGGUUUAGAGUAUUCGGGGCAGUUCCUGUAACAGCAAGAAACUUUUACAAGUUACUGUCGAACAAAUGUCAUGUUCUUCUCUAUCCCGGCGGUGUACGGGAGGCAUUACACCGGAAAGGAGAAAAGUACAAGCUGUUUUGGCCGGAGGAGCCCGAAUUCGUAAGAAUGGCAUUAAAAUUCGGGGCAACAAUUGUUCCGUUUGGAGUAGUUGGUGAGGAUGAUAUAAUGGAACAGUUUCUUGAUUACAACGAUGUGAUUGAAAUUCCUGUUAUUAAGGAAUUGAUAAAAACAAGAAAUACUGUUAUGACCAAAGUAAGGACAGGGACUCAAGUGACAGGAGAAGUAGCAAAUCAAGAUUUUUUUGUUCCAGGGAUUUAUCCGAAAAUUCCAGGCCGGUUUUAUUUUCUGUUUGGGAAGCCAAUUGAAACAAAGGGAAGGGAAGAGCUUCUGAAAAACAAAGAAGCUUGCAAGGAACUUUAUUUGCAGGUAAAAUCUGAGAUCAUAAGAAAUGUGGAUUAUUUGCUCAAGAAGCGAGAGGAGGAUCCAUAUCGCCAUGUAUUUGAAAGGACAACAUAUCGAGCUCUGUCGGGUCCUGUUGAUCAAAUUCCAUCGUUUGAUCCAUGA